GAUCGAUCUCUCGACAGCAAAUAGCUAGCAAUAAUGGAGAAGUACACCAAAGCCCUAGCGUCAUUGCUCACCAUGCUGGUGCUGGCACCUCUCCUCGCCAUGGCCACCGACCCAGACCCCCUGCAGGACUUCUGCGUCGCCGACCUCAACGGCAAGCCAUCAGUGAACGGGUACCCAUGCCAGCCGCCGUCGUCGGCCGGCGACCAGUUCCUCUUCUCGACCAAGAUCGCCACGGGAGGCGACCCCCUGGCCAACCCGAACGGCUCCAACGUGACGGAGCUGGACGUUUCCGAGUGGCCCGGCGUGAACACGCUGGGCGUGUCCAUGAACCGCGUCGACUUCGCGCCCGGCGGCACCAACCCGCCCCACGUCCACCCGCGCGCCACCGAGGUCGGGCUCGUCACCCGCGGCGAGCUCCUCGUGGGCAUCGUCGGCAGCCUCGACUCCGGGAACAGGUACUACUCCAAGGUAGUCCGCGCCGGGGAGACGUUCGUCAUCCCGCGCGGCCUCGUGCACUUCCAGUUCAACGUCGGCAAGGAGGACGCCACCAUGGUGGUGUCGUUCAACAGCCAGAAACCGGGCAUCAUCUUCGUGCCCCUCACGCUGUUCGGCUCCUCUCCGCCGAUCCCCACGCCGGUGCUCUCCAAGGCGCUACGGGUGGACGCCAGUGUCGUGGAUCUCAUCAAGUCCAAGUUCACCGGUGGGUACUGAGACUGAGACCCAGCAUGCAUCUUGUUAGCGCACUGUGCAUGCGCCGACAAUGGCUUUGCGUGAUAUUUCUCGUUACGGAAUGGGCGACGUCGUGGAGAUCCGCAACAGUUUGAUACGCCAGGAAAAUAAAAUAAUGUGCGUCAGAGCACGUAUAAUAAGCUAUAUUACUAUCGUUAAGAUUCAGUCGUAAUAAAAAGUAAAGAUUAUUCUUGCUUCUGUGUUCACUGCCUAGCUAGUCUCCGGGUCAAAUGUAUUUGCUCAUUUACUUCAAAAAAAUGUAUUUGCUCAUUUUACAUGUAAUAAUAAGAAUGGAUCUAUAUAUAUAUGUCUGCCUU